CCCCACCCUCCCGGGUGGCAGGUUCAGGCCCCGGGUCCGAGCCUACGCCCCUGCAGCUGCCACCGCCGCCGCCAGGGGGAGUCUCCGUCGGGAAACAGUGUUGCCACUUCGGUUCAAAGGUGCUUUCAAACUUUAGGUUUCUGUUCCUUUCCCCGGGUUUUGAAGCGCAUAGAGGAAGAUGGAGACCGAGUCUGGGGCGCAAACAUCAAAUCAGACGCAAACAGAUUCAUUAUCUUCAUCCCCUAAUCCUGUGUCACCUGUGCCUUUGAAUAACCCAACAAGUGCCCCAAGAUAUGGAACAGUGAUCCCUAAUCGCAUCUUUGUAGGAGGAAUUGACUUUAAGACAAAUGAAAAUGAUUUAAGAAAAUUUUUUUCCCAGUAUGGGUCUGUAAAAGAAGUGAAGAUUGUAAAUGACAGAGCUGGAGUGUCCAAAGGGUAUGGUUUCAUCACUUUUGAAACACAAGAAGAUGCACAGAAAAUUUUACAAGAGGCUGAAAAACUUAAUUAUAAAGAUAAGAAACUAAACAUCGGUCCAGCAAUAAGAAAACAACAAGUAGGGAUCCCUCGUUCCAGUGUAAUGCCAGCAGCUGGGACAAUGUAUCUAACAACUUCAACUGGAUAUCCUUACACUUACCAUAAUGGUGUUGCUUAUUUUCAUACUCCAGAGGUAACUUCCGUCCCACCACCUUGGCCUUCACGUUCUAUAUCUAGUUCCCCUGUGAUGGUAGCUCAGCCUGUUUAUCAGCAACCUGCAUAUCACUAUCAGGCCCCUGCACAGUGUCUACCAGGACAGUGGCAGUGGGGUGUUCCUCAGUCUCCUGCCUCUUCUGCUCCGUUCCUAUACCUACAACCAUCUGAGGUUAUUUAUCAACCAGUGGAAAUUGCACAAGAUGGUGGAUGUGUUCCUCCUCCGCUGUCUCUGAUGGAUGCUUCAGUUCCAGAGCCUUAUUCUGAUCAUGGAGUUCAAGCAACAUAUCACCAGGUUUAUGCUCCAAGUGCCAUUACUAUGCCUGCACCUGUGAUGCAGACUGAACCAAUUAAAACAGUGUGGAGCAUUCAUUAUUAAGACAAUUGGGCAGCUCUAGUCCAGCUCAACUGAUUUCUUGUCCAAUGAUCCUUGUGUGGCCAAGAUCCAACUUCAACGAACCGGGUAGAAGCUGCCCAUUGUGAAACUUAGGGUUAGUUAAUACCUCGCCAUACUUAUUUAUCCCACUAUAAACUGUCUAAAUUUGAUGAAAUUUGCUUUUUCACCUGUUUUACAAAAUUAUUUAGGUAGAUGUGGCUUGUUGGUUUUUUUAAUGUGUUACUCUAACUGUAGUGACAUUUUCUACAUGUUUUAUCUAUUCCAUAAAUAAUAACCACAAUGAGAAUAGUGAGGUGUCUUUCAUUUUCUCUGCUUUGUGUUAUUUCUUUUCUUCUCAACCUUUUAGAAGUUAUAUUUCAUAUUCUUUGCUAUAUAUUUUAAUAUUUAGGAUAAGAGUCAUUUCUAAUAAUAACAGAAUUUUUAAUACUUUCAUGCCUUUUAUAUUUAAUCUUAAUGAUUAAGUUCUACUUUGCUACUUUGUCAUUUAACAUGUUUUUGUCUAAUUGUUUGUUACUGCUACUCUUCAUUUAAUUUUGCUUCUGCCAUGGUUUUCAAAAUUUAAGUAGUAUUUAUACUUCUUUUUUAUAACAUUUUCCAAUUAGAAAUACCAGCAUGAUCAACAUGAUAGGUAUUUUUGCCUUUUCAUGUGAUUAUUAUGACUAAUAUUAAAAUUCUUCUCUAAUAUUUGAGAUAAUGGUGCAGCCUUCCUAUAACAUAAGCCAUUUGGUACCAAAUUUUGUAUAAUAUGGAUCACCUAAUACAAUUGUUCUGAUAAAAGGGCUCACCUCUGACAUGAUCCCAUAAUAUUGACUGACAUUCCACUGUAUUUUAGUAUCCUUUGAAUGCCUUAAUCUUUUGACUUUUUCUUUUUAUAUGUUACCAAUAUAUUCAAUUAUAUAUGUUAUUAAUUUUUAAAAGGACAAUUGCUUUCAUAAAAAGCCAAACUAUUUCUUUCACGACAGGAAAACUUUACAUUCUGAUUCUAAAACCAAGUCUUAUUAUAAAAUUGGAAAAUAGUGAGGAAAAGCCAUUAUUUAAAAGUUACAGAACAAAUCAUAAGUGUUAUCACUAAAAUUUCUGUAGUAGUAUAAAAAAUCCUUCUUAUAUUCAUUUGCAGUCCUUUCACUGACUUCCUAAUUUUAGAAGAGAAGGAGAAAACCAUAAAUCCUGGUAUUACCCUGAUAAAUCUGUCUCUCAAUCUCCUAUUCCAUCCUCAAAUGUCUUUCAUGCUCAGCUGCAGCAGAAAUAAAAGGACAUAGACCCCAAAGUUUUUCCUGGUGAGUCAAAUAGGGUGUGUCUUUUAAAACCACAAUGAAUAUGUUUGCCAGUCAAAUUGCCAGUUUCAUGAGACCAGUAGGCCAUAUGAAUACAUACUAGCAUACAAGGAUCCCAUGUACAUUAAGUAUUCUAGGUUUUUAAAAGUGUAAAUAGACUAGUAAAUUCUACAAUGAAAUUUCAAAAGUUUUUGUUUUAUAAGUAAAAAUUAUUAACCACUGAUGUCAGAGAUCUUCUUUUAAUAGCUCUAUCCUGAGAACAAAAAAAGUUAAUGUUUUGAUUUUCAAAAUGUUAAACAUGAUGCUAAACAAAUCCUGAACCUUUAAUAAGAAUUGAUGAUGUAUUAUUAGAUAAGGAA